CAGGUAUAUUCACGGUACAGCCUCGGCGAAAAAAGUGUAUUGUCCAUUUAAUUUCAAGCAUAGUUUUGACUAAAUAACGCCGUAGAACGUAGCCCAGUGCGUUGGGAAAGAUGACGCGCAUAACAAGAAGUGAUAUCUCACUUGAUAUGGAGUGCUGGGUGGAGGAGUUGUCGCCAGCGCAGUUGGCCUACUAUGAAAAAAUCACGAACGAACACAACGCUGUAAAAAACGCUCUGAAAACCGCCGUCAGCGCUAAUGAGGGAAAGGAGCUGUUUAAUGGACAGGUGUUUCAGGCAUACUCGUUCAAAGGCAAAGUGCUACAGGAACUGAAGGAAGCCACGUUGCCAAAGAAGCCACCGAAGGCAGCAGAUCUGGCAACCCCGCCGCCUGCUUCCGGCGGUGGUGGUAGUGGAACGGGGCGUGGGCGUGGCCGACCACGGCUUGCCUCAAACAUUGCUUACUUGGAGUCAUCGGACGAGGGUGAUGACGAUGUGCCGCUGGCCAAACGCUUGGCCCUAUCAGUGGGCAAAAAGGGUGUCGCUGCAGCGGCUCCAGCUUCAACCACACCGAAAUCGGGUAAAAAAUCUGGCUCUGCAGCAGCUGCUUCAUCUCCCACUGGCAAGUCGUCGCCUCAGCCUAAGGGUAAGGGAUCCGCAUCCGGAUCCAGUGGCAAAGCGUCAGGUAUCGGCGAAGCGCCGCCUAAAAACUUCCGUCCUGCUGAGGUCAACUCUGUGGGUGGUCUGGUUGUGGGUAGCAACGAUGACAGUAGCGGUAAGGAUGGUAAGGAUUCUAAGGAUGGCAAGGAUACCAAAAUGCAGGGCAAAACAUAUCCGUCGUUGGUCGUACUGGCCAAGCCAUUCCUGAAGGUUAAAGACAUGGCGGCCACGCGUAGCAAACUGGACUCCAAGGUCAAGCUGGUACUAAUGCUGACUCCCAACAAGUUCUGCGAGUGGCUGCUGCAAGAAGGCUUGCUGCGAGCCCAACAGCACUGCAUCAAUCAUCGCAAUAACGAACUCAAGUUGGGCGUUUACUCUGACAUCAGCAAGUUUCCGUACACCGGUGGCUAUGUGUGGAUCAGCGAGUGCUGUCCGUAUCGGUUCGUUUCAGUGUUUAACAAUUCGAUAUUCGAAGGGGCUCAGCAUCCGCCAACGUUUCUCCUGAAACUAAUAUAUCAUUGGGCUUGCCAGACCAGCAUCCAGAAUGUGGUGCAGUGGGUAAAGGUGGACAGCGUGUACAUCAAAGGUAUUUACACGUGGCUACGUGCUAUUUGCACCUUAGCGGUGCAUCAAAAGUGCAAAAAGCUGGGCGGUCCUGGAAAGUUCGUGGAGGUUGGUGUCAUCUCGUUGGGCACCACGUCGCAGGAUGGCGCACAGCGUCAGGUAAAAGUGGAGGUCCUUGGCGUCUACGACUAUGCAGAUAAAUCUAUACGGUUGCGUGCCGUAGAACCGAUUACCGAUGGCGAUCGCAAUUAUAAAAAGCGUUUUCAGGCCAUUUUAGAGCCACUGUCCCGGUGGGUGCACAAAGACAGCACUAUUUGCAUAGACUUGACCGUAGACAAGAUAACACUCUUUAGCAUGGGUUUCAAGAACAUUGUACAAGCUGCAGCCACUGAUAAUGCGGCGAAGCACAACAAUUCGGCGGUCAUGGAAUACUUGCGCCGCAUUGUACCACGCAUGUUCCAGAAUACCCUCUCGUUGCUCUCGCGCCAGAUGAUACAACAGUUCCUUGAUGAGCUGGUCUGGCGCGAAUCCUUUGGUACGUAUGCGCUGCAAGCGUUCAACAAUAUCAUCAUACAUAUUGCCGAGCAGACACGCGUGACCACCAAUGAGACCAUUACACAACGCCUUUAUCAGGUCGCAACGAAUCCGUUUAAGGACUGGAGCGUGCUGCCUCCCAAUUACAAGGAGACACCGGCUAAUGCUACGCCUAAACGCCUCAAGAAACCUAUUAACGAUUCAGACUAUGUUCAUGCUAGUAAGGAAUUUUCUGGCAAAGUAAAGAAAGAAAAGGAACGUGAGAAGGAAAAGGAUGUUUUACCCACGGGAACCAAACGUCGUGGCACAGUCAGCACGCCGCCGCCGGUCGCAGUCCCCAAAGGAGUUGGCAGGCCACCUGGCUCUAAAAUGACUGUAAAAUCAGGACCGUCUAAGACAAGCACGUCCGCUGUACCGGUGACUAAGACUCCGAUCAAAAAGCCGAAAGAGGCAAAGGAGGAGAAAGAGAAGGUGGUCGUGGUUAUUAAAAAAGAAGAAGACGAGCUCAAGGGCCUUGAGGAGCUGUACUAUGGAAUUAGCGAUGGUACUGAAGAGUUUUAUGAGCAUUUCCCCUACAGCUCGCCUCGAGCCAAUCCAGCGGAGCUUACCAGAACAGUGGAGUGUCCAAUUUGCUUAAACGGCGAUACCUACGACUCCAAUGAAAAGCUACAAACGCAUCUGGUAUCGCAUAUCUCACCUGAGGGCAAACAACAUCAAUUCCAAUGCCUGUUCUGCUUGGAAAAGCAUGCAACCGAAUCGGUUCUCGCCAAGCACAACCAAAUCAUGCAUCCCACCGAAACCAAGACGGAUGGCUCUCCAUCGUAUCAUUGUUUGAUUUGUCAGCAGCGACAUAAUUCUCUGCACUUGCUUACCGCUCAUCUUCAGAAAGUGCACAGCACACUUGAAUUACCAUACUGGUGUCAAUCUUGCGGAUAUCGCUCCUCCUCGCAUCGCGAUCUGGUGCGGCAUUUUUAUGACGAUCACAAGAAUCAAAACUUUCUACAGUGCCCCUAUUGCCUCGAUAUCUUUUACUUCACCCACAAGGGCAAGGUCAAUCAGCUGCGUGUUGAGCAUUACUUUAUGCAUCUUGACGAGCACGUGAACAAGCGGGAUCCAACAUUGCGUUGUCAGAAGUGUUCUCUGAGCUUCUUGGAGAAGGGCGACUUAAAGCAGCACACGGUUCUCCAUCAUGUCAGCAUGACCAAGACGAAUAAACCAGUGCGUCUGCUGUUGAACAACUCCCUUUUGAUUCCGCCUCCCAAGGUGCGCACCCAUCAUCGCGAACAGCCGCCAUUUUCGACCUACAAACGGCCCGUUUUCUUUGCCUUCCUGGAGGGCAAGACCUGCGCUGAGUGCAAUACAGAUUUCGCCAGUGAGGAGACGCACUACACAGGUUGGCUGCACUGUGUUAAAUGCAAUUACCAGACAUGUUGCGAACGUGCCCAGUUCCGUCACGGCGUCGACUGUAAUGGAAACUUUGUGGAUGCCAUGGAAGUAAAUAUGCUGCAGGAAAUGCACUGCAUCUGCGGCUUUGCCACCAGCAAUGGCAACAAAAUGGCUCAGCAUUUGGCUAACUGUGCCCUGAGCACCUGCUACCCCAGCCUCGAGGCGGCCAAUGAGAAUGCCGUCAAGCGUAAUAUGCUGGAUAUGCUGGGGCUGGUUCGCCGUGAUGGUGAAACAUCUGGAGAAGGCGCAGAAAUGGGCGAUGCAGUGGAUGACGCCAUGGAUGACAAUAACGAUCUAUUACCGGCGGCGGAAGAUGACCAGCAGCAACAAGAUGAUCAGCAGGCACACAUGCAGCAUCGUCCGGAGCCGCCACAGGUCCCGCAAGUUGAUAUGCAAACGGAUGUACAGCAGCAGCAGAGUUAUAUUGAGCCACAGCCCGAGCCUCAGCCGAUACCCCAUUUAGCCGAGCAGCAGGCGACGCCCAUACAAUUCGGAGAAAUGGAAGCAGCGCCUGUUAUGUUAGAUCCGCAAGUUCAAGCAGCCGCCGACUAUGCUCAGGUUUCUGUCGUGCAACAGCAGCAGCAGCAGCACCAACAACAGCAGCCAUAUGGAAUGGCUGCAUACGGCCAAAGCGCGCUCUCAACGGACAUUGACAUGCCGUUGAUUGGUGAGCUGGCCGAACCUAAUGCGCCGCCAACGCCCCAGUUUCUCGGUGAGGUGCACACGCCAAUGUUCGAUGCAGUGGCCGCUGCCGAGCAGCAACAUUAUCACGCCCAGCAGCAACAGCAGCAUCAUCAUCAUCACCAUCCCCAAUGAUACAAAGCUAUGGGUA